UGCGUGGCGCCCCCGCCUAUCUUUUGGUAGCGUCCAAUGGCGGCACGCGGCACUUUGCCCUUCCACCUCCCCAUGGCCCCUGCCUGCCAAUAGCGCUGUGCCGCCGCUGUAGUCCCAUGUAAGUGUUACCUGGCCGGGGCUGUCACGCACUUCGGGGUACAUAGUGUCAGUCACGAGAUCUACAGACUCAGGCGGCUGUCACGAGGGGGACUCGAGACCCGGAGACGUGUGAGGAAUGCGACCAGAGCUCCGGAAAUUCACCAGGAACCCCGCACGGUGUUGGUUGGAGCCGGCAUGUUUCUCUGCCUUAAACACGGACCUUGUCAUUGCAUCAGGAUAUUAAUGAAGCCUAACGUAAUGCGGGUUGUACUGUAACCUUUGCCUGGACUGGAACUCAACGUCAGGACAAUUGGAGGUGAUCUCUUGUUACUCGGGCUCAUUGUGUCGGCGGUUCCCGUGGACGUGAUGCUUCGCUGAAGGAAAGAGAGCCGGGGGCGGUGUGUUGGCAGGACAUUGCUUGUGCCCCUACAGAGGCACGAGACUGCACUUACUCCUAGGAGGUGGACAUAUUCAUUCCAUUAUAUUGUGAAGACUGCGUAUUCCUGGAGAAGUUGCAGACGAGUGGACUAAAGCAGGAUGGAAACGGACGCCAGGGUGUUUUUGGUCUUUAUUCCCGUGGAAGGGAUGACCUGUAACUCCUGUGUCCAGACAAUUGAACAAAAGAUUGGAAGCAUCAAUGGCGUUCACAGUAUUAAAGUGUCUCUAGAAGGAAAAAAUGCUGCCAUUAUAUAUGAUGCUAAACUUCAAAGCCCAAAAGCUCUACAGGAAGCUGUUGAGGAUAUGGGCUUUGAGUCUACCCUUGGUUAUGCAAACCCUCAGCCAGUGCCUACGGACAGCACCUUUCUCCGUCUAUCAGCCGAGCAGUCAGCUGAACAAAUACGCAGUGGCCUUUCACAGUUUAAAGGGGUUCUGGAUAUUAAAACUUCUCUUGAAGGAAAAGUGGCCUGUGUGACUUUCAUACCUUCUGUGAUUAACCCAGGACUGCUUAUUCAGAAAAUCCCAGGACUGAGUCUAGAUUCCACGGCCUCGAAGAAGACCAUUUCAGGUUCUGCUGAAAGCAGGUCUGCCGCAGCUGCUGAUGUCCUGGUGAAAAUGAAAAUAGAAGGGAUGACCUGCCAUUCUUGUACUAGCACCAUUGAAGGCAAGGUGGGAAAACUUAAAGGAGUGCAAAGAAUCAAAGUGUCUCUAGACAGCCAAGAAGCCCAUAUUUUAUAUCAGCCGCACCUUAUCAAAGCUGAAGAAAUCAGGACCCAAAUUGAAGAAGCUGGGUUUAUAGCUUCAAUUAAAAACAAGCCCUCUCAAAAACUGGGAGCAAUUGAUAUUGAGCGGUUGACAAAUACACAGACCAACAGCAAUGGGGACUUAACCCAGAAAAUACCAAAGCUUCAAAAUGACCUCAGCAGAGCCAUCUUUCAAGUUGAAGGCAUGCACUGCAAAUCCUGUGUUGUGAACAUUGAAAGUAACAUAGGUUCACAUCAUGGGGUGUCGAGCGUUGACGUGUCAUUGGAAAGUAAGUUAGCUCUUAUAAACUUUUAUUCAAAUAUCACUACUUCUGAUGCACUCCUUCGGGCAAUAGAAGCUCUGUCACCCGGCACGUUUAAAGUGAGUCUUUGUAAUAAUCCGAAGCUUGCAGAGGCUUUUAGCGUGCAGAAAAAAUCAGAAGCCUCUUGUGCCACGGAGGUCUUUUCUAGCACUUCAAACCAGGACUUUUGCUCCAAAGUCACAGUGGUGAACAUUGAAGGAAUGACAUGCAUGUCCUGUGUCCAGUCCAUCGAGGGGCUCAUCUCUAAGAAGCCAGGGGUAAAAUCCAUACAAGUCUCCUUGGUUAACAAAAAUGGGACUGUGCAGUAUGAUCCAGCCAUUACCAAUCCUGAAGAUAUACGAGCAGCAAUAGAGGAUAUGGGAUUCGAUGCCUCUAUUUAUGCAAAUACUGGACCAGUAGACACGUUUACAACAGAAGCCUCACAGAAGACUUCCCCUGGGUCCCUUCUUCCUAAAGAUCGCACCAGCAAAGAAACUCCUGUCCACAGCAAACCAGAAAGAAAGAAUGUGAACAAAUGCUUUAUCCAAAUCACUGGAAUGACCUGUGCCUCCUGUGUUGCCAACAUUGAAAGGAAUCUCCGCAGAGAAGAAGGGAUCUAUUCUGUUCUUGUUGCCCUGAUGGCUGGCAAGGCAGAGGUUAGGUUUAACCCCGAGGUUUUACAGCCUUCAGGCAUUGCAGAACUCAUCCAGGAACUUGGAUUUGAAGCCUCUGUCUUGGAAAACUAUGAUGACGAAACUGGCAUUUUAGAGUUAUUGGUGAGGGGAAUGACCUGUGCCUCCUGUGUACAUAAAAUUGAAUCCCGCUUGAUGAAAACAAAAGGGGUGUUGUACAGUUCAGUGGCACUUGCAACCAAUAAAGCUCACAUUAAAUUUGAUCCAGAGGUUAUCGGCCCAAGGGAUAUCAUGAAGAUUAUAAAUGAUCUAGGCUUUAGCACAUCUUUAGUAAAAAGAGACAGAUCUGCAAGCCACCUGGAUCACCGAGUGGAAAUACAACGGUGGAAACGCUCCUUCCUAAUCAGCUUAAUUUUCUGCAUUCCUGUAAUGGGACUUAUGGUGCACAUGAUGUUCAUGGAGAAUCAUCAACUAAUGCCUCACCACCAUAACAUGACUGUGGAAGAUAUGGCAUAUUACCAUCCUACCUUGGUUUUGGAAUAUCAACUCAUCCCCGGAUUAUCCAUCAUGAAUCUGGUUUCUCUUCUCUUGUGUAUACCAGUACAGUUUUUAGGGGGCUGGUAUUUCUACAUUCAAGCUUACAAGGCACUCAAGCACAGGACAGCUAACAUGGAUGUGCUUAUAGUCCUUGCCACCUCUGUUGCUUUCAUCUACUCAUUGAUCGUUCUUAUUGUCGCAAUAUUUGAGAAAUCCAAAGUGAACCCAAUUACAUUCUUUGACACCCCACCAAUGCUGUUUGUGUUCAUUGCGCUGGGCCGCUGGCUUGAGCAUAUUGCCAAGAGCAAAACUUCAGAAGCCCUUUCACGAUUAAUAUCUUUACAAGCUACUGAAGCAACUGUUGUAACCCUGGGUCCAGACAACACUGUGCAAAGUGAGGAGCAGGUGGACGUGGAAUUGGUGCAGCGCGGGGAUAUUGUCCGAGUGACACCAGGAGGAAAGUUCCCAGUGGAUGGGAGGGUUAUUGAAGGGCAGUCCAUGGUUGAUGAAUCUUUAAUCACCGGAGAAGCAAUGCCUGUGUCUAAGAAACCAGGCAGCAGCGUGAUUGCUGGGUCAAUUAAUCAGAAUGGGUCCUUGCUCAUUGCUGCUACUCAUGUUGGAUCAGACACUACUCUCUCCCAGAUUGUAAAACUUGUGGAAGAUGCACAGACAUCCAAGGCCCCAAUCCAGCAGUUUGCAGAUAAACUCAGUGGCUACUUUGUCCCCUUCAUUGUUGUCGUGUCCGUUCUCACCUUGUUUGUCUGGAUUAUAAUUGGAUACCACAACUUUGAAAUUGUUGAGAAAUACUUUCCUGGCUACAACAAGAGUAUUUCAAAAGGAGAAGUGAUUGUCCGUUUUGCCUUUCAAGCAGCUAUCACGGUCUUGUGUAUUGCUUGCCCCUGCUCACUUGGUUUGGCAACCCCUACUGCCGUCAUGGUCGGGACAGGGGUGGGUGCACAGAACGGCAUACUGAUUAAAGGAGGAGAGCCAUUGGAGAUGGCACACAAGGUGAAGACUGUAGUGUUUGAUAAGACUGGUACCAUUACUAAGGGGACGCCUGUUGUUGUGCAAGUGAAAGUAUUGGUGGAGGGGAACAGGAUGCCUUCAAACAAGCUGCUAGCAAUUGUGGGGACAGCAGAGAGUAACAGUGAACAUCCGCUAGGUUCUGCUGUUAUAAAGUACUGCAAAGAGGUGUUGAGUGCACAGACCCUGGGUACUUGCUCUGACUUUCAGGCAGUUCCUGGUUGUGGAAUCAGCUGUAAAGUGAGCAACAUUGAACCACUCCUGCAUGCUGCAAACAGCCCUGAUAACAAUAGGAAUGCAGUGUUAGUGCAGAUUGAUGGACAGCACGAGGACUCCAUUCUGCCCUCCAUCCUGCCCUCCAUCACAGUCUCCCAGAAUCCAAGCAAUGGUUCCUCACAUACAUACUUAGUCCUUAUUGGGAAUCGUGAGUGGAUGAACAGGAACUUUCUGACCCUGACAGCAGAGACUGAUGAACUGAUGACAGAACAUGAGAAGAAAGGGCGCACAGCAGUCUUGGUAGCAGUAGAUGGCAUACUGUGCGGACUGAUUGCCAUCGCUGAUACUGUAAAGCCUGAAGCUGCUUUGGCUGUACAUUCCUUGCGAUCGAUGGGAUUAGAUGUUGUACUGAUGACUGGAGACAACAGCAAGACUGCCAAAACCAUUGCUGCACAGGUUGGCAUAACCAAGGUGUUUGCUGAAGUUCUCCCCUCACACAAAGUAGCUAAAGUAAAGCAACUGCAAGAGCAGGGAACUCGGGUGGCAAUGGUUGGAGAUGGGAUCAACGACUCUCCAGCUCUUGCUAUGGCAGACGUGGGAAUUACCAUUGGGUCUGGCACUGAUGUGGCCAUAGAAGCUGCAGAUGUCGUUUUGAUAAGGAAUGAUCUGCUAGAUGUGGUGGCCAGCAUUGAUUUGUCUCGCCACACUGUGAAAAGAAUCCGAAUAAAUUUUGUCUUUGCUCUAAUCUACAACCUUGUUGGAAUCCCAAUAGCUGCAGGUGUGUUCAUGCCAGUUGGUUUGAUUUUGCAGCCAUGGAUGGGAUCAGCCGCAAUGGCCGCGUCAUCCGUUUCUGUUGUCUUUUCUUCUUUGUUGCUUAAACUUUACCGUAAGCCCAGCCGUGAGAAGCUUGAGCAGAGGGCCCUGGGCCAGAUGAGGCAGAAGUCUCUUUCCGACAUCAGUGUUCAUAUUGGGCUCAUGGAAAACCGGAGAGAAUCCCCCAAGCUGGACAUUCUGGAUCGCAUUGUCAACUACAGCCGAUCGUCUCUGAAUUCCUUUUUAUCAGACAAACAUUCCCAGCACGGCAUCCCCCUAAAUGAGCCGGACAAACAUUCACUGCUCCUGGGGGAACUGAAGGGCGAGGAAGACACAUUCCUAUGAACAACGGGUUGAAGCAACGCUCUCUUACGUCCUGCUGGAGCCUCUAUACAGGUGUUGCCAAACAGCAGCUACAAUCCCAAACGAUUUUUCCGAUAAUGAGAUUCCUGCGAUGGAUGGAGAUAUUUGAGUACCUUAAACCAAUACUUGGUGCCAGUUACACCAUGAAGAACCCUGGGAACCUAUUGUAGUAAAUAGACACAAUGCACCUAAGUCAUGUGCACCUUGGAAUAGGAAGAAAGGGGCACAGAAACCCAUCAUUUUGCAGUUCUAUGUGCCUUAUUGCUAUUGGAUAAUUAUUCCUCCACUUCAUAGCACUGGACUUCUAGCAGUAAACUAAAUCAGCCUUUGAGUAUUUUAUUUUUGUAUGAGAUAAAAGCCUGUAUAGCAAUCAUAUACUGUAUAUGUUCUGAUUAGCAUUCUGAUUCCAUUCCACCCCCCCCCCCUCCAAGGAGAAUAUGGUAUAAGCCUUUGCUUCCAUCUGCUGCACUGCACACUUUUACUCUUGAGAUUAGUUGGGCUCAUCCAACCUCACUUUUCUUUAGGUCAAUGGGGUGAGAUUAUAUUCUGAUUUGUGGCCGUGGCUUCUUAUUUAUUUGGGAAUAAGAAUAGAGCUCAAUAGCCUUUAUUAUGACAAGCCCUUCCUAAGAGAACUAGUUCUGUCUAAAUACCCCCAUUGCUGGACAGAGAUGUAUCUUAUGUACUUAUUGUCCGAAGAGAUUUUCAUUAUAAUUUCUCCUGCUGAAGGAAAUCUCUCCCGUAUCCGCUAGCAGUGCCCUAAGCCUGUGCAGCGUCUCAACGUGGGAAGCCAUGAGGCCGACAUUGAAAACACAUCAGAAAGAGAUUUAUUAAUGAAGACAGGCCCAGACUGGCAAUCUGGGGGUUCUGGCAAAUACCAGAUGGACUGCUGUAAGUUGCCAUAGAAAGUCACUAUUUAUUGGGCUGGUGGGGGCUGUUUGGGCCUCUGUGUACUUGCAAUGCCAGGGCCUAUUGUAAAUCCCAGUCCAGACCUGAAUGAAGGUGGUUAUUUUAUUGAUUCUUUACAGACAUGAGAUUAAUAGACUGUACUCUAGCACUGAUGAUUUUGGCAGGUUGUGUCGCCUCCCAUGUGACUGAUGUUGCAGAGGUGCCUGGGUAAUAUAGGGCAGUGGUUCCCAGCCUGUAUCAUAAGGUGACUACAGAUUAUCAGCUCAACCUAAAACCUGAUGCCUUCCACCUUUUGCUGAACUACCAUCCUCUUUGCCAGGGCAUCAUUUUGCUUAUUUUUAGCUUGAGCGCAUGAUAUAUAUGAAUAUGCAACAAGAGCAUGCUGGGAAUCACUGCCUAUCAAAUAUAUCCUAACAACAUGGAUUUCCUGAUAUAAAAUCACCCCCAUGUAGGCAUAAGAAAUAUCCAGCUCACUACAGUUUUGCCGGCAGUUAUGUCCUAGUGAUCUCCUGGGUGUCAGCAGCUGAGCUUUAUUUUGUGCACGGGAGGUGUUACUAGGCAAUGUAACAUUAUAUUUAUUAUGAUAUUCCCAUUGGAUAUCCUGGAGAGCACAGUAAAGGCCAAGUUGUGGGUUCUCUUACAAAGCUGCACGACAUGUAACUACAUUCCCCCCAAUGUGGCACGACAGGGAAUCAUCACCCCCUGCGUCUGAAUGUGACACCGCUGUUCAUUUUGCCUCCGUUUGUAUUUAUUUUCUUUUUAUGGUAAAAUAUAUAUAUAUAUAAAUCUGCGUGGAAAUAAUAACAAAGUGUAUCAAAGCGAGAGAGAGAGGCUUUUUACUGUGUUCUGUACAAUAAUGUAGAGUUCUGAGCGGAGUUGCAUGGAGAUUACAGCCGAGUGCUUCUCAUAAUACAGUUACGUGUUUACAUGCAAAUUUCAUAUAAAUUGGAUUGUGCCA